UAUCAGUUUAAUUAUAUUCUUCUUCUCUUACCCUAAGCCUCAUCACUCGAUUUCCCUACCGUUGGCCGCUGUUCUUCCUGGAUUAUCACUCGAGCCGGUUUUUCCAGUCGUAUCUUCCCCCCACCAAGUCUGUCGCAAUUUCCUGAUACUGCGACCGCUAUUCUUGAACCGCACCGGGGCUCUUUUCUAUACUCUUGCUAUUCUAUUACCUAGUCUCCUUCAAUAUGCGGCCCGAAAUCGAGCAGGAGCUGGCUCACACUUUGCUGGUUGAACUUCUGGCCUACCAGUUCGCUUCACCGGUGAGAUGGAUUGAGACCCAGGAUGUCAUUCUCGCAGAGAAAAGGACAGAGCGAAUUGUGGAAAUCGGUCCCGCAGACACACUGGGUGGUAUGGCGAGACGGACCCUCGCAUCAAAAUAUGAGGCAUACGAUGCUGCUACUUCCGUGCAGCGUCAAAUACUUUGCUACAACAAAGAUGCGAAGGAGGUCUAUUACGAUGUUGAUCCCGUGGAGGAAGAAGAAGCGCAACCAUCGGCAGAGCCUGCGGCCGGUGCCCCUGCUGCUGCUGCUCCUGCUGCUGCUCCUGCCGCUGCUGCUCCCGCGGCUGCUGCUCCACCUAGUGCCGGCCCUGCAGCAGCAAUUGAGGAUGCACCGGUUACGGCAGUGGAUGUGCUGAGGACUCUGGUCGCGCAGAAGUUGAAGAAGAGCUUGUCGGAUGUGCCCUUGAGUAAAGCCAUCAAAGAUCUGGUUGGAGGUAAAUCCACUCUGCAGAAUGAAAUUUUGGGAGAUCUCGGAAAGGAAUUCGGUUCGACGCCCGAGAAACCGGAAGACACACCUCUGGACGAGCUAGGCGCAUCUAUGCAGGCGACAUUCAAUGGACAACUCGGCAAGCAGUCCUCAUCCCUCAUUGCUCGCCUAGUCUCAUCGAAGAUGCCCGGUGGCUUCAACAUUACCGCAGUUCGCAAAUACCUUGAGACAAGAUGGGGUUUGGGAUCUGGUCGUCAAGAUGGCGUCCUUCUCCUUGCUCUCACUAUGGAGCCACCCUCCCGUAUUGGCUCCGAGGCUGAGGCCAAGUCAUACCUUGAUGAUGUUGCCAACAAAUACGCUGCCAGCGCCGGCAUCAGCCUUUCGGCACCGGCAGCUGGUGGUGAUAGCGGGGCAGGUGGUGGCGGCAUGCUUAUGGAUCCGGCCGCCAUUGAUGCCUUGACCAAAGACCAACGGGCAUUGUUCAAGCAGCAGCUGGAGAUAAUUGCGCGUUAUUUGAAGAUGGAUCUACGCGCCGGUCAAAAGGCUUACAUCACUUCUCAGGAGUCUCAGAAAACAUUGCAGGCCCAGCUGGACCUUUGGCAGGCCGAGCAUGGCGAUUUCUAUGCUUCUGGUAUCGAGCCGGCUUUCGAUGCCCUGAAAGCACGCGUGUAUGAUUCUUCUUGGAACUGGGCCCGCCAGGAUGCUCUGAGCAUGUACUACGACAUCAUUUUCGGCAGGCUCAAGGUCGUAGAUCGUGAGAUUGUGAGCCAGUGCAUUCGCAUCAUGAACCGUUCAAACCCACUGCUUCUUGAGUUCAUGCAGUACCACAUUGACAACUGCCCCACUGAUCGGGGUGAGACUUAUCAGUUGGCCAAGGAACUUGGUGAGCAACUCAUCGAAAACUGCAAGGAAGUCUUGGGUGUCGCCCCUGUGUACAAGGAUGUCGCUGUGCCCACCGGACCCCAGACUACUGUCGAUGCCAGAGGAAACAUUGGGUACAAGGAGGUUCCCCGGGCUAGCGCUCGCAAGUUGGAACACUACGUGAAGCAAAUGGCGGAGGGAGGCCCUAUCUCCGAGUACAGCAACCGCACGAAGGUCCAGAAUGAUCUCCGCAGUGUCUACAAGUUGAUCCGCAGACAACAUCGCUUGUCCAAGUCAUCGCAACUUCAGUUCAAUGCGCUCUACAAGGAAGUUAUUCGUGCUCUCAGCAUGAAUGAGAACCAGAUCAUGCCCCAAGAGAACGGUUCUGGCAAGAAGACCGGCAGGAAUGGUGUCAAGCGCAACGGCAGCCCCCGCGCAGGUAAAGUGGAGACCAUUCCCUUCUUGCAUCUCAAGAAGAAGUCCGAACACGGCUGGGAUUACAGCAAGAAACUCACCGGUGUUUACCUGGACGUAUUGGAAUCUGCUGCACGGUCAGGUCUCACCUUCCAAGGCAAGAACGUCUUGAUGACAGGCGCAGGUGCAGGUUCCAUUGGAGCGGAAGUGCUGCAAGGCCUGAUUAGUGGUGGCGCCAAGGUGGUUGUCACGACAAGCCGAUACUCUCGUGAGGUCACUGAGUACUACCAAGCCAUGUAUGCCCGCUAUGGUAGCCGUGGCUCUCAGCUUGUUGUGGUGCCUUUCAACCAAGGUAGCAAGCAAGAUGUGGAAGCACUUGUCGACUAUAUCUACGACGCAAAGAAGGGUCUCGGCUGGGAUUUGGACUUCGUUGUUCCAUUUGCCGCCAUUCCUGAGAAUGGACGUGAAAUUGACUCGAUUGACUCGAAGUCUGAACUGGCUCACCGCAUCAUGUUGACAAACCUCUUGCGACUUUUGGGUUGCAUCAAGACACAGAAGCAGAGCAACGGUUUUGAAACCCGUCCCGCUCAAGUCAUCCUCCCCUUGUCUCCUAACCAUGGUACUUUCGGAAACGAUGGUCUGUACUCUGAGUCUAAGCUGGCUUUGGAAACCCUCUUCAACCGCUGGUAUUCGGAGAACUGGAACAACUACCUGACCAUUUGUGGUGCUGUGAUUGGAUGGACUCGGGGUACAGGUCUCAUGAGCGGCAACAACAUGGUUGCCGAAGGUGUUGAGAAGCUCGGUGUCCGUACCUUUUCCCAGCAAGAGAUGGCCUUCAACUUGCUUGGUCUCAUGGCGCCUGCGAUCGUCAACCUGUGUCAGCUCGACCCUGUCUGGGCCGACCUUAAUGGUGGUCUCCAAUUCAUUCCUGACCUGAAGGACCUCAUGACCAAGCUUCGCACGGAAAUCAUGGAGACAAGUGAUGUUCGCCAGGCAGUCAUCAAAGAGACUGCAAUCGAAAACAAGAUCGUCAAUGGAGAGGAUAGUGAGGUCCUCUAUAAACGGGUGAUCGCUGAGCCCCGUGCCAACAUCAAGUUCCAGUUCCCUAAUCUGCCUAACUGGGAGGAGGAUGUGAAGCCACUUAACGACAACCUGAAAGGCAUGGUCAACCUGGACAAGGUCGUGGUGGUCACCGGAUUUUCGGAGGUCGGACCCUGGGGUAACUCUCGCACACGCUGGGAGAUGGAGGCUUACGGCAAAUUCUCCCUUGAAGGAUGUGUGGAGAUGGCAUGGAUCAUGGGUCUUAUCAAGCACCACAACGGUCCACUGAAGGGUAAGGCCUAUUCAGGAUGGGUCGAUGCGAAGUCUGGGGAGCCCGUGGAUGAUAAGGAUGUGAAGCCGAAGUACGAGAAGUUCAUCCUUGAACAUUCUGGUAUUCGGCUUAUCGAGCCCGAAUUGUUCAAGGGCUAUGACCCCAAGAAGAAGCAGCUGCUCCAGGAAAUUGUCAUCCAGGAGGACUUGGAUCCGUUUGAAGCUUCGAAAGAGACCGCAGAGGAAUUCAAGCGUGAGCAUGGCGAAAAGGUGGAGAUCUUUGAAUUGCCAGAGUCCGGCGAGUACACUGUGCGUCUGAAGAAGGGAGCCACUCUCUUGAUCCCGAAGGCCCUUCAGUUCGACCGCCUUGUUGCUGGCCAGAUCCCUACUGGCUGGGAUGCUAAGAGAUACGGUAUCCCUGACGAUAUCAUCGAACAAGUGGACCCAGUCACGUUGUUCGUCCUUGUCUGCACUGCUGAGUCUAUGCUUUCAGCUGGUAUUACCGAUCCGUAUGAAUUCUACAAGUACGUCCACCUGUCUGAGGUCGGAAACUGCAUCGGCUCGGGUAUCGGUGGUACCCACGCGUUGCGGGGAAUGUACAAGGACCGCUACCUGGACAAGCCUCUUCAAAAGGACAUUCUGCAGGAAUCUUUCAUCAACACUAUGAGUGCCUGGGUUAACAUGCUUCUCUUGUCCUCAACUGGCCCGAUCAAGACUCCAGUCGGAGCUUGCGCCACUGCGGUCGAAUCCGUUGACAUUGGUUACGAGACGAUCGUGGAAGGAAAGGCUCGUGUCUGCUUUGUUGGAGGAUUCGACGAUUUCCAGGAAGAAGGAUCCUAUGAAUUCGCCAACAUGAAGGCGACCAGCAAUGCCGAAGAUGAGUUUGCCCAUGGUCGCACCCCGCAAGAAAUGUCGCGGCCUACCACUACCACUCGUGCUGGAUUCAUGGAGUCUCAGGGUUGCGGUAUGCAACUCAUUAUGAGUGCCCAGCUUGCUCUGGACAUGGGUGUACCGAUCUAUGGUAUCAUUGCGCUGACCACCACGGCUACCGACAAGAUUGGUCGCUCUGUUCCCGCACCCGGUCAAGGAGUUCUCACCACCGCGCGUGAGAACCCUGGCAAGUUCCCAUCUCCUUUGCUGGACAUCAAGUACCGUCGCCGUCAGCUUGACCUGCGUAAGAAGCAGAUUAAGGAAUGGCAAGAAUCCGAGUUGUUGUACCUCCAGGAAGAAGCCGAGGCUAUGAAAGCCCAGGCCGCUGAUGAAUCUUUCGACGUCUCUGGCUACCUUCACGAGCGCGCUCAGCACAUUGAACGCGAAGCUAUCCGCCAGGAGAAGGAUGCCCAGUUCAGCCUUGGAAACAAUUUCUGGAAGCAGGAUUCACGUAUCGCUCCUCUCCGUGGUGCUCUCGCCACCUGGGGUCUGACUGUUGAUGAUAUCGGUGUCGCCUCAUUCCACGGUACUUCUACUGUCGCUAAUGACAAGAACGAAUCGGACGUCAUUUGCCAGCAGAUGAAGCACCUGGGUCGGAAGAAGGGCAACGCCCUUUUGGGUAUCUUCCAGAAAUAUCUCACUGGACAUCCCAAGGGUGCUGCUGGUGCCUGGAUGUUCAACGGCUGUCUUCAGGUUCUUGAAAGUGGUCUGGUUCCUGGCAACCGCAACGCUGAUAACGUCGACAAGGUGAUGGAGAAAUUCGACUACAUCGUUUACCCAAGCCGCAGCAUCCAGACUGACGGUAUCAAUGCCUUCUCUGUCACUUCAUUUGGUUUCGGCCAGAAGGGUGCACAGGUUAUUGGUAUUCACCCUAAGUACCUCUACGCAACCCUGGAUCGGGCACAGUACCAGACCUACAAGGCCAAGGUCGAGGCGAGACAGAAGAAGGCAUACCGCUUCUUCCACAACGGCCUCAUCAACAACAGCAUCUUCGUCGCUAAGGAUAAGGCUCCUUACGAAGAUGCCCAGCAGAGCAAGGUCUUCCUCAACCCUGAUUACCGUGUGGCUGCCGACAAGAAGACCUCGCAACUCAAAUUUCCUGCCCAGCCCCCCAAGGCUGAUGACAAAGGACUUGAGAGCACAAAGACUAUGAUCGAGUCGCUGGCUAAGGCUAAUGCUUCUGAAGACUCGAAGGUCGGUGUGGAUGUGGAGAACAUCGAAAGUUUCAAUAUUGAAAAUGAAACCUUCAUCGAACGGAAUUUCACUGCAAGCGAGCAAGAGUACUGCCAAAAGGCAGCGUCUCCUCGAUCAUCCUUUGCCGGACGGUGGAGUGCCAAGGAAGCUGUUUUCAAGGCCUUGGGUGUCAGCAGCAAGGGCGCAGGUGCCCCUCUCAAGGACAUUGAGAUCUCCAGUGACUCAACCGGGGCUCCCGUCGUCAAUCUUCACGGUGCUGCAGCUGAAGCUGCCAAGCAGGCUGGCGUCAAACAGGUCAGCGUCAGCAUCAGCCACAGUGAUACCCAGGCAGUCGCGGUCGCGGUCUCCAAAUUUUAAUGCGCUUGAUGAGGAAUAAUGGCCUGAAUUUAUGUCAUGUACCUUGAGUGUAAUCUAUCAUGUCUCUUUCCUAGCCUCGUUAGACAGUAUUAGAUUGUCAAUACAUAACGUGUUUGAUUCCAAUGCUUGCUCAAGUGUUCACUUAUCAUUGUCUCUUCUUCAUGUUUAUUUGCACUGCUUCGUUCCGAUAAGCAAAUUAAUACGUGGCUUGCUGACCUCACAGCGGACACCUCAACUCUUACUCGGUUGUAUUCCCACGGCGACUUAGAAGAGUGUAUUGAAUCCAUAAUGGACAAAUUCUCAAAGCUUACACGGGUAAACUUCAAGCCUAGUUAAGGUACUAUU